AUGUUAACAUACAAUAGUACUACUUUUCAGCCAGCUUUCUUCAUCUUGACAGGCCUCAGAGAACUUGCAGGGGCCCGUCUGUGGUUGAGCCCACUCCUGAGUUUAAUGUAUUUCAUCACUUUUUUGGGCAACUGCACAUUAUUGUAUCUGGUGAAGAUUGACCACAGCCUUCAGGAACCCCAAUACCUGUUUCUAUCCAUGUUGGCAGGGGCUGAUCUUGGUCUGUCUGUUUCAACAUUAUAUUCUGUUUUCCUGGUCUAUAUUCUUGGCAUCAAUGAGAUUACAUUUGAUGGAUGCCUCACUCAGCUCUUCUUCAUCCACACUUUCUCUUCGAUGGGCUCAGGGAUCCUCUUAUCAAUGGCUUUUGAUCGUUUUGUGGCCAUCAGUCACCCACUGCACUACACCACCAUCCUCACACACACACGCAUUGCCAAAAUGGGAAUGGCAACUUUCCUGAGGGGUGUUUUCCUCAUGACUCCACUACCAAUCCUUCUUAAGAGGCUUCCUUUCUGUAAGGGUCAGACACUAUCCUACUCUUACUGCCUCCACCCCAAUGUGAUGAAGCUGGCCUGUGGUCGUGUCAAAAUCAACAUCUUCUAUGGUCUGGUGCUGGUCCUUUGCUCAUUUGGAUUAGAUUCUGUGCUCAUUGGCCUUUCCUAUGUUCUCAUCCUCAGGGCUGUGCUAGGCAUUGCCUCUAAAGAGGGAAGGCUCAAGGCACUCAACACCUGUAUUUCUCAUAUUUUCAUUGUCCUCAUCUAUUAUAUGCCACAUCUUUCAAUUACACUGAUGCACCGGAUUCCCCACCAGAGCUCACCACUGACCCAUGCUGUCCUGGGAAAUCUCUAUCUCUUCAUGCCCCCUCUGGUUAAUCCUGUCGUAUAUAGUCUUAAAACCAAACAAAUCCGUACUGCUAUCCAGAAGACCUUCAAGGCAUGGAAGAAAGGAAUUGGUACAUGA